GUACAUAUCUAUCUUUGUUUGUAUUCUCCUCUUUACUUGGUCUGAUCAUAUACCAUCCCCAUCUCAAACAACCACCAUGCCCAGACUAGAACUCUCACCGCUCAGACAGAGCGACCCUCCUCUCCAGCGCAAGUUCCGCAGUAUAUGGCUCCGCGUCAAGGAUCUCCCCUAUGACGCUUUACAUAGGUAUCACAGGCUGGGAAGGAAGGGAAAGGCGUCAAUAUGGAUUUUGACAGUGAUCAACCUACUCAUCGUCGCGGUUGUCCUCAUUAUAACGCCCACACGGAUUGGGCAGUGGUUCAACUCUCUUGCGCUUAGUAUCAAGGGUAUGGGAUGGAAGGGUGUCGUGCUGUGUAACAUCUUUGCUAUAUUGAGCUCGCAUCCACCGCUCUUUGGCUUCGUGCCCACCCUUACUCUUAUUGGAUUCAUCUACGGCAUAUGGCCUGGAUUCCUUAUUGCCGGUAUCGCCUCAAUGCUGGGAGCAGGUAUCGCAUUCUUGUCCGUUCGCUCAUUUUUUCUGGGUUUGUUCAAGAAGAAUGACAAGUGGGAAGCAUUUGGACAUGUUAUGCGCGCCAAGGGACUGCCGCUUGUCAUCAUGAUCCGUUUUUGCCCCGUUCCAUGGGGUGUUAGCAACGGUCUUUUCGCUUCGAUCGAAAGUGUCAAGUUCUGGCACUUUAUGGUCGCUAACCUUAUGAUCCAGCCCAAACUUCUUCUCGUCGUUUUCAUCGGCUCCCGACUUACUUCUCUCGCCUCCGACUCUGCCGCCCACGAUCCCCUGCGGUUUUGGCUUAAUCUCAUUUCUAUCAUUGUCUCGGCUUGCAUUUCUAUCGCAACAGGUGUGAUAAUCUAUCGACUUACGCUGCAACAGAUGCGUAAGCUCGACCAGACUGGUGCAGGUCUUGGAGAUGGGGAACUGGCCGCGGAAGCAUUGGAAGAAAAUGCUUUGUUGGGAGACUAUGACAGCGGAAGCGGAGAGGAUGAGGCUGAAUUUUUGACAUCAUCCAAUCACAGAGAUAGGGAAGGAAAUGGCAAAGGAUUAAAAGUAGGGGGGGGAGCUGGAAUCAUUCGACGAAACAGUAGUCAGGAUACGACUGGCGACGCAGACCUUGUGUAACAAAUCUGUAACAUAUAAUGUGCUAUAGACAUCUGUAUACCUACGCAGCAUACCAAUCUAAGAACAGUAGACUGAAACUGGCGCCAAGAAUGAAUAUCAACAAGAACA